AUAUUCUUUGAGCGCUUAUGAACGAUUGGAUCAAAUCUGCCUUAAAAUGAAUGAUUCAGAUGACAGGGUGUCCAUCAGUAGACCUGCUGCUGCAAGGUCAAGAGGAAGGUAUCGGGGCAGAGGCCGUACAGCUUCUCUUCAUGGGGCAAGACCUAAAACUCAUGGAGACUUCAAUAACACUCAUACCAGGAGACAUACUUUUAGUCGAACUAGGAGUCGUAGACGCCAUGGACGUGACCAACAGAACCACAGAGUUUCUGGCAAUGCAAUACGCAACUACAGUGAUGACGGGUAUGGCGUGCCCAGCAGCUAUCAGAAUGAUGGGUAUGGUGUUCCCAGCAGAUAUCAAAAUGGAGAGUAUGAAACGCUCUCUGGCCGUCUUGGCAGCCUCAAUGCCUUGAACUUCAGUCCCAGUGGAGAAGACGCUUCUAGAGAAGGUAGACUAGGCCAUCUUAUGGACUUGCGUUCUGAUGCUGGUCCAAGUAGUCUGCAUGAAAAGAGCCAAGCUUGGGGAAGAAGCAACUGGAACCAACAUGAAUUUGGAGUGAGAGCACGCCCGCAAAAACGUAAGAGACACAAUGACGACGGAGAUGAAGAAAGAGAAGGCUUGGGAGCUCACAGCGCGAAGAGACUUUAUCCUGUUGGAAUCGAUGUUCUGAAAGAGUGGACUACACAGCCACCAGAUCUGGUCAUCCAUUCACUGCUGAGUGACAGGUCUGGAGUGCCUCAACUGUUGGCUGAGCCGAAAAUCCCUGAUGAUAAAUUAGUUCUUUUCAUCAAGGUGCUCGCCAGAGCCUCCACUUGCACGAGCUGUCGGCAGAGCCUAAUUAAAAUUCUUACAAUGAUAUUCACUGAAGAUUUUGUGAAUAAGCUCAUUAAGUUCCACAUUUCGUGGAUGGCAAGCCAUAAGACGGACUUGAAAAGCUUCCUUGAGGAUCAGCUUCAAUUGCUGAAAGUAUUAAGAAAAACUUUCAUUAACCAAGCCAAAGAGAUGCUGCCUACUUUAUUGCAAACUGUCAUGCUCGUCUUUCCUCUGCUGCCCAAUCAAUCUGAGCUGAACGAGUUAAAGACCGAGUACAAACAGCUCCUGGCAUUAUUCCUUGGGAGUCAGAAGCCGGGGCCUGAGGAGGGCGAGCAAAAGCGACGUCCUUUAGCUGAUCGCCUCGCUGACCUCGACGAUCAGGAGCCUGCAGACGACUACCGUGACAUCCCCAUUGAACCCACCGACGAUGAGCUGCUGCUGCUCGAAACACCUGUCAUAAGGAGAAACAUCACUGAGGGGGCUUACAGAGAUGUUCACAAUUACCUCGACGUGCAGUUUAGGCUUCUACGCGAAGACUUCAUUUGCCCCCUGCGUGAAGGCAUUCGCCAAGUAAAAUUUGGUAUGAAGGGUGUAAAAGAUGUCCGUGUGUAUCGGAAAGUGAAAUUUCAAGAAACCCAGAUCUUGCGUGGCGAACUUGUGCAUUUUGUUAAGCUUAAUUUACCUAGGAAUUUUAGAGUUGAAUACUCAAAGCGACUGCUGUUUGGCAACGUGAUGUGCUUCAGUGCCGAUAAUUUUGCCUCUUCUUUUCUGGCAACCGUUGCAGGCCAUGACCCUGACAAACUGAAGAAGGGACAAGUUGGCGUAAAGCUGCUUUCAGUGUCAAAACUCGACGCCAGUCUUGAGUACACAGCUGUUGAGUCAAGGACUUUCUUCAUCGCGUACAAGCACGUGCUCAGAGCUCUCCAAUUCAUGGAUGAAAAUACCCUCCCGCUUGUUGAGCACAUUGUCUUCGCUGAGAAAAUUGUCCAACCUCCUCAGUAUGUGAUGAACGCGGCCAAUGUGCACUACGAUCUGCGCGUUGUUUUGCAAAACAACUACAUGAAGGCGCAGGAUAAAACAGAUGAUAUUUUUCAACGUAAAAUUAAUAAUAGUUUUUUCAACACCAUUCCACCACCGAACAUUCUGACGGAUCUUCAGAACAUUCCCAUAACGAAUUCUGACAUAGAAAUGUGGCCGAACUGCUCCAUGUUUGGUCUCGACCAAUCCCAACUCAAGGCAUUGCAUUCGGCGCUCACAAAACGGCUGGUUGUGAUUCAAGGCCCACCAGGAACCGGCAAAACUUAUUUAGGUCUAAAAAUCAUUCAAAUUUUGCUCCACAAUUCGCAGGCAUGGUCUAGGAAGGAAACUGAAAUCCGACCUGUCCCUGGGCAUCAAAAUCGAAAUCUGGUGCAAACAGUUGAUGUGGACGUGACAUCGCCUAUUCUCGUCAUUUGCUACACAAACCACGCGCUGGAUCAGUUUUUGGAAGGCAUGCUCAACUUCACUCAAAGAAUAGUUCGAAUCGGAAACAGAAGCAAGAGUGAUCGAAUCCAGAACUUCCAAAUUAACGAGUUCGUUUUCACCUUGAAGAAGCAACGCCGACUGCCUGCAAACAUCCAUCAUGCCAAGUCUGAAGUGCACAAUGAAGUUCUUAAUGCUGAAGCGAAGCUGAAGAGUCAAUAUGCUCAGCUGCAGGAAGUUGUGCAGGAUUUGGGACUUCUAAGCUUUGGCUUGUUUCGCUUAUACGGCGUCAUCCCUCCCAACAUCGUAAGAAAGUUGGAACGCGGUCAACUUUACCGCUCUUGGAUGCUGCCAAUCGAUCAACCGUGGUGCAUGAACCUAACGUUGAUCCUCGUCAGGUUUGGUCAAUGCCUGUGCAUGUGCAUGUCGAUCCUAAACCGGGAUAUUCAGCCGCAGAUGACAAAGAAGGACGAAGAAUGGCAUGAUGCUUUGGAAAUGCUGAGGGAGGCUGAGAAUGAGCGCAUCAUUGAUGUUGAGGAAGAUGACCUCCCAACUGGAACUGCUUUGAUUUCACCUCGAGUAAAAUCAUAUGAAGUUAAGAGAAUCGAUCCUAAAGAGUUUGAAACCUCACUAUUUCGUCAGUUAAAAGAUGGCCUCAUAACAAAAGAGGCCUGCGAGAAAACCUUGAACAAAUUCUACAAAGAGCAGCGAAUGUUAGGCGAACUUCUUCAGUUCACGUCCUCAACAGAUGUCUCAUCCGUGGCUAAUGCGACCAUCAACGAACAAGUCGACAUCUUUCAGUUGGCUUACAAGGAUAGAUGCUUGCUUUAUUGCCUAUGGAGGCACAAGCUUUUGGCUAAAAUGCGCGAGACCAUCCGCCCUCACGAGGCCAACAUACAGAGGCUCAUGGCGAGGGCGCAGGAGGUGAAGAACUCCGAGUAUCUGCACGUGGCGCGUCAGGCGGACGUUGUGGGCCUCACCACCACGGGAGCUGCGCAGUUCCAGGACGUCGUCCAGGAACUCAAGCCCAGGAUAGUGAUCAUUGAAGAAGCUGCCGAGAUAUUGGAGGCCCAUGUCGUAGCUUCUCUCAACGCCAACUGCGAGCACCUCAUCUUGAUCGGCGACCACCAGCAGCUGAAGCCAAGCCCUGCAGUUUACCAGCUCGCCAAGCACUACGGGCUCGACACGUCACUUUUCGAGCGGAUGAUCAACAACGGAGUCGCGUACGAUACUCUGCAGUAUCAGCACCGCAUGCGUCCUGAGAUCUCAUCUCUCCUGGUCCCUGCAAUAUAUCCAGAACUCGAGGACCAUCCAUCGGUCCACGGCCGAGAUCACAUUCGGGGUGUCGAGAAAAGCGUCUUUUUCGUGUCUCAUCUCGAAAAGGAGCUCGCAGAAAUUGAUGACAACCACAGCCACAGCAACGUCCACGAAGCUGAGUUCAUCAUGCGCCUGGCUCGUCACCUCGUCCUGCAAGGCUACGACCCUGAGCAGAUCACCGUCCUCACGCCCUACUCCGGCCAGUUCUUCCUGCUGCGUAAAGAACAACGGAAGUACAGCCCGACCUGCGACGGCAUGCGCGUCACCAUCGUUGACAACUACCAAGGCGAGGAGAACGACAUCAUCCUGUUGUCCCUGGUUCGCAGCAACGACUCGGGCAACGUGGGCUUCUUGAAGAUCGAGAACCGAGUGUGCGUCGCUCUGUCGCGCGCCAAACUUGGACUCUUCAUCAUUGGCAACAUGCAGCAACUGCGCCAUAGCUCUCCUCUUUGGAUUAAAAUUGAAAAAUCCUUGACGGAAAUUGAUGGCCUUGGUGAUGCACUCGUCCUCAAAUGUCAGAGCCAUCCUGAUCGCAAGGUUGCUGUCAAGACUGCUGAAGACUUCAGGACCAUGAGUCCAGAAGGCGGCUGCACUCUGCCCUGCUCUGGCCACUUCACAAAGUGCGGCCACAAGUGUCCUCGGAUUUGCCAUGCUGAUAAUUCCAACCAUGCCAAAAGCGAGUGUCGUGAGCCUUGCGCUAAUAAAUGUGGUCGAAGAGGUCACCCUUGCCCUGCUUUGUGUUAUGAAACGUGUCCUCCUUGCAAGGUUGAUGUAGUAAAGGAGCUUCCAUGCGGUCACUCACACCUUGUACCAUGUCACUUGCCACGAGCAUCUUUCUUGUGCCCAAAUAGAGUUGUUAAAACUAUUGAAAAAUGCGGCCAUGUUAUUGAAAUGCCCUGUCAUCAGAAUCCUGCUGAGAAAAGGUGUAGAAAGAAGUGUGACCUACGCCUGGAAUGCGGGCAUUCUUGCAACCAAACUUGCCACGUAGACUCAGACCCAGAGCACUUGGAGUAUCUGUGCCAGUCACCAUGUUCCCGCAACAUGAAGGGCUGCUCGCAGGAUCACAAAAGCACUCUGUCAUGUUGGCAGACCUGCCCCGAUUGUAAUAUUGAAGUUGAGAAGAAACUACCGUGCGGACACAAAGCUCAGCUCGCAUGUCAUGAACCCGUAGAAAGUUACGCAUGCCAGGAGAAGUGCCGCAAAGCGCUGCCUGAUUGCAGCCAUCACUGUCCCCGACGCUGCAGUGAGCCCUGUGGUGGCUGUCCUGUCAUCGUCAUGAAGAAGAUUGUGCCAUGUGGACAUUGUAUCAAGAUGCAAUGCGGCAAAGCACCGGAGCACUCGUUGUGCAACAGCAAAGAUUGUAGACUCCGCCUGCCCUGCGGUCACAAGUGCCCUCGUCCCUGCAAGGAACCCUGUGGCGGCUGCCAGGAAACCGUUCCUGCGGGCGUCAAGUGCAUUGUGAAGGAUCACGAGCUGUUGGUCCCCUGCAGCAGCCUGCCCCUGACUGAGCCUGACUACUCCCAGUGCCGAGCGCUCUGCGCGGCCAGCCUGAAAUGUGGACACCGUUGCAAGGGCUCCUGUGGCUCCUGUCUUCAUGGUCGCUUCCAUCUGCCGUGUGCUGAGAAAUGCGGACGAACGCUCGUGUGUGGUCACGUAUGCAAGUCGCCCUGCAGCGCCGCAUGUCCGCCUUGCCAGGAGAAGUGUCGCUGGAAAUGCUCCCACAGCCGCUGCAAUAAAAUCUGCGGCGCUCCUUGCACUCCGUGCCAGGAGCCCUGCAGCAGCAAGUGCGAGCACCAGGCGGUGCGGUGCUCGAAGAAGUGCGGUGAGGCCUGCGACCAGAAGCCCUGCGAGGAACCGUGUCCCAAAACACUCAAAUGUGGCCACCCUUGCGUGGGUCUCUGUGGAGACCCCUGCCCUCCGCUGUGCCGCGAAUGUAACUUCGACAAGCUUACGGAAUUUGAACUCGUCUGCAACGAGAAGGACCCAAACGCCCGGUUCGUGCUGCUGCAAGACUGUGGUCACACCAUUGAACACGAUGGCCUCUCUGGCUGGCUCAAGCACAAGGCCGACAAU